GUGUGGUGAAUGGAAAGAUUUUGUCGUCCCAAAAUUGUUGGGAUUUUUUUGGGAGGGGAAGCGAGGCUAUCAAAGUAUGAUCGAUCAAAUGAAGAGGAACCCAAGAGAAAAUGGAGGAAAUGGGUGAGAGGGAUGAAAUUACCUCGUAAACCCUUCGAUAUUACGAGUUCACUCAAUCUAAACAUUUCUCCAAAGGACGGGAGUCAAGAAGAAGGAAAAAAAAAGGAAAAAAAAAAAAGAACCGAGGCCCGGAUUUAGAAGGAAGAGGAGGAGGGUUCAGUCAGUAUAAUUCUUCUAUUUCUCUUCUUCCCUUGGAGAUCUUUCUUAUUGCAUGCCAGAGGAAGGUUAGGAAUUUUUAUACAUUACCCACCACUUCCCUCUAGUAUAUCAACAAUCUCUUCCUCAAGAUUCAUAUCCGCAUCCAUAUCUCGGAUUCGUCGCUUUGAAGAGAUCCAGUUAUUUUCUUCCUUCUCCAAUUUUGGCCCUUUCCUCAUUUGAUCUUCGUUUUGAUAUCGAUAUCAAAACUCUUCCGUCGCAAGGCAAGGCUUCACUCUGCACUCACAUCUCGAACCUUGCGAAAGAAAGAUACCUAUAAAAUUCUACUCAAAAUGGCUUCCGCAACUGUCCAUUUCUCUCACCCUUCACCCUCUCUAUUUACAUUUCCUCCAAAUGACGACCCUCAAACUUUGCCUCCUCCACUACCAGGUUCGACUCUCUCUGCCCCUCCAUUCGAAAUCGACUCCUCAUGGUACAAUGCCGCCCUCGAUGUACGGGUCCCCAUCACAAUUGCUGCGGUAUACGCAGUAACGGUUACGCUGGUCAAUCAAUACAACAGACGCGCUGGAAACAAAGCUUGGCCGAUCAGUAAAACCAAGGCAUUCUUCGUUUUUGUCGUGGCACAUAACAUUUUCUUGGCUGUAUACUCUGGAUGGACUUUUGUUGGCAUGUUUGGAGCUUUGAGAAGGUCAAUCCAAAAUCCCAUGGGCCCAGCUGGUUUCGCAGGUACUGUCGACAGUUUGUGCAAAAUUCAUGGUGUUACUGGUUUGGACAAUGCCAUGUCUUACAAUGCAAGCAUGUCAAAAUGGAACGCGGAAUUGCCAACUGAAUUCAAAUUGACAAGUGCCGGAACUCCAGACCCUACCGAUCUGGGAAGAUUAUGGAAUGAGGGACUUGCAUUUUAUGGAUGGUUUUUCUAUCUUAGCAAGUUUUAUGAGGUUCUCGACACUGUCAUCAUUUUGGCAAAGGGAAAGAGAAGUUCUACUCUACAAACGUAUCAUCAUGCUGGAGCGAUGAUGUGUAUGUGGGCUGGAAUUCGAUUCAUGUCACCACCAAUUUGGAUGUUCGUGUUUGUUAACUCUGGAAUUCACGCAUUAAUGUAUACCUACUACACUCUUACAGCAUUCUCCGUGCCCAUCCCACAAGCUCUUAAGCGCAGUCUCACAACAAUGCAAAUCAUUCAAUUCCUCGUCGGAGCUACCUACGCCACCGUCCACUCCUUCAUCUCCUACACAGUCACCGUCCAAGUUCCCUCCAUCCCAGCCACCAUUUCCUCAAUUACCUCCUCGGCAUCUGUGGUCGCUACCUCCGCUGCUGCAGUCGCAACCUCAAGCGGAGUCGCCGACAUGAUCAAGAAACUUCUUUACCGCGCAAUCGGCGAAGAAGGUCUCGCCGAGAAUGUCAACGCUCCAGCCUUCUCAAGUGUCGCUCAAGCACCAAUUGCUUCUAUCCCUAAAUCGCACUCUAAAAUCCCAAAAUACGUCACUGAGACUCGUACAAUCCCUUGUAUCGACACCAGUGGUCAAACUUUCGCUAUCUGGCUUAAUGUCAUCUAUCUUACCCCGUUGACCUUCCUUUUCGUAAGAUUCUUCAUCAAAUCUUACAUCAGAAGAACAACAGCAAGUGGAAAGAAAGCAGGUAGAAAAGCAAGCUUUGUAGCUGCAGAGAAGGCAGGAUUUGAUGCGUUGAAGGGUGUCGAAAGAGAGAUGACCAGAGGCGAUAAUGCGCUCUCUAAUAGCUAUGAGAAGAAUUAGAUGGAGAUAGCAGAAAGUUGAAGAGCUCAACUCAAUGUGAGUAGUUAGAGGAACCCUACUUGAUACUAGGGCCUGGAUCUAGGUAUAUGGGAAACCCCUCAAGCACCAGGAUGGGGAAAAAAAAAGGAGAUACAACGAACAGAUAAACAAACAACAUAAACAGAAAACCCUUCAAUCGAGGGAACGGAUACACAAAAGGUCACCAAGGUGCAGGAUGGACGGUAUGGUGGGAGGCAAUGGAACGGAGAAAGAAACACGCGUUACUAAAUCGUUCGGGUCGAAAGAAGAAAGUAACUGUCGUGAGUGCGGGUUUAGUCUUUUUAAGCGUGCGGGGUGUUUUGUGCUACGAUGCUACAAUGCUAUCCAUGCAUGCUAAUGCGCAAUAUGUACCUAUGUAUGAUAGAAUUCAAUGAUACCAUUAUAAAUUAUACCA